AUGGAGGACACUGGGAAGCCCAGCGUGACAUCGAUGAGGGUGGAGGACGUUGGCGCUGAGGCAGUGCGCAUCGAGCAUUCUCACAUGGUUAUGCCUGAAGCACUCCUCGGCCUGUCUGAGUCAGAGCUCAUCUUCCUUGGUCGCAAGGCCACUUUCAAACUGGAUUGUAUCAUCAUGCCAUGCGUAGUGAUUAUGUACAUCCUCAAUUAUCUCGACCGACAGAACAUUGCGUCCGCCAAGCUUGCCAACAUCGACAAUGACCUUGGACUCUCCGCCGUGCAAUACCAGACAUCUGUUUCAAUUCUUUUCUGCGGCUAUAUUCUAUUCCAGGUGCCAUCCAACAUCGUUGUCGGCAAGAUUCAAUAUCCUGCCGUCUACAUUUGCGCGGCAAUGGCGGUCUGGGGUGUGGUGUCAGCACUGAUGGCCGCUGUGCAGAACUUCAGUGGUUUGCUGGCGUGCAGGUUCUUCCUAGGCAUCGUCGAAGCUGCCUUCUUUCCAGGGGCUCUUUAUUUUCUCUCACUAUUUUACAAUCGCAAACAGUUUGCAUUCAGGACCGCGAUACUCUAUUCCGGCUCGCAACUCGGCAACGCCUUUGGUGGCCUCUUUGCGAUCGCGAUUUUAAACUUGGACGGCCACGAUGGUAUUGAAGGGUGGCGCUGGCUGUUUCUCAUCGAAGGCGUCAUGACCAUUGGCAUCGCUAUCAUUUUUGCCUUCAUACUGCCCAACUCGAUCCGAAAACUUCGUGGCUUCUCGCAACAGGAGAGGGAAUGGGUUCUGUGGAACUUCGAGUCCGAUCUGGGCCAACAGGACAACGCCAAAGAAGUCAGUGGACGGCGAGGACUCCUGAUGGCGCUCCAGGACUGGAAAAUGUGGUUAUUCAUGGCCUUGUUGACGUCGUUUUACAUCUCAGCCGCCGUGACCAAUUUUUUCCCCUCUGUGGUCGGCGGCCUCGGCUACUCGAGGAACAAGACAUACGGACUCACGGCCCCUCCGUUUAUCCUCUGCGUCAUCUGUAUGUUGGUCAACGGCUUCCAUUCAGACAGAAAGCAAGAACGCUACCUGCACAUCGUCUGUCCUCUAGCAAUCACGAUGGUCGCCAAUAUCAUCGCCGUGUCGACCCUCAGCAUUGGCGCACGAUACGUGGCCAUGAUGUUGAUGCCUGGCUCCUUCUAUGCGGCUUCCAUCGUCGUGCUCUCCUGGAUCACAGGCAGCCUGAACCAGCCUGCAGUGAAGCGAGCCGCGGCAAUCGCUACCAUCAACGCCGUGGCAAACACGCCGAACAUCUGGACUUCAUACCUGUACCGCUCUCCGCCACGCUACGUUGUCGCCUUCAUCGUCAAUCUCGUCUUCGCGGGCGUAGCUAUCGUCGCCGCAACAGUCAUCCGCUUCUACCUCCGGCGAGAGAAUGCCAGGAUGGACCGCGGCGAAGACGUUGGGAAGAGCGGUCCAACCGAGGCCCAAAGAAUGGCUGGGUUCAGAUAUAUUUUGUAA